AUGUUACCGUACCCACCCCGCGCUGAAAGACCUAUAAAUCAAAUAUUGCGGUGCGGGGGGAGCAUGGGGUGCGCGGGGUGCGAGCGGCGCGGCUCGCGGCGGCGCUCGCGGCGCGCGCGCCUGUGCGCGGGCGGCGCCGCUUGCCGCGCGCUCACUCACUCCGACACUGAGAUCCCGCUCGCUCUCCAGCCUCGUAAAGUGACCGCGUGA